UUGGCCCAAGGAUUUCGUCGGGCCAAAAAACCCUGACCAUUGGUCCCGAGGAAGCCCCGGCGAGGCACGAUCAAGCCCCGGUAGUGACAGUGGAAACGCGACUGGCCCUGGCACACACUAGCACGCCCGGUCUUAGCUCGAUAGUGGAAACACGGCUAUUGUUUACAGUUAGAGCUCGAGUCCAGAGAUCAUGGCAGAAACCGCUCCAGCAGCUGCCGCCACCAAAGCAGCCAAGAAGAAGCCCGAAGCUAAACGCGAGAGAACAGGCCUGAGCCUCAGCGAGCUCGUCGUUAAUGCGGUGGCCGCAACGAAGCCGAACAGCGGGGACUCGCUCGCCGCCCUGAAAAAAGCAUUCGAUGCCUAUGGAAAGGCCCGCGCUAAAACUCGCUCCUCCAGAGCUGGACUGCGGUUUCCCGUCGGUCGUGUUCAUAGGCUUCUCCGCAAAGGUAAUUAUGGUGGGCGGGUUGGUGCCGGUGCUCCGGUUUAUCUUGCCGCUGUGCUGGAGUAUCUCACCGCUGAGAUCCUGGAACUGGCUGGAAAUGCGGCUCGGGAUAACAAGAAGACCCGUAUCAUUCCCCGUCAUCUGCAGCUGGCGGUGCGCAACGACGAGGAGCUCAACAAGCUUCUGGGCGGAGUGACCAUUGCUCAGGGCGGCGUGCUGCCCAACAUCCAGGCCGUGCUGCUGCCCAAGAAGACCGAGAAACCCGCCAAGACCAAGUAAACCGAGCGACGUUUCUCUUCUUCUUCAAUGGAUUUUUAUGUCAGUUGGCAUCCAAAGUGUUGCAUUACUGCGACGUUUCUCUUCAAACCAAAGGCUAUUUUAAAAGCAACCAAAUGCUUCCUUUAGAGAGCGAUUUCUUCUACCCAAUCUUAUAUAUUCAAUAAUUCUAUAUUUUCUAAAUAAAUAGACCAGUCUAUGAAACCGUUUUUCAUUCGGUCUUGUUCUAAAGAAUACACGUGGUUUCUAAAUGGUAAUAUCACAUUACAUUGUUAGCAGUACAAUCAAAAUGUAAACGUUUUGAAAAUAUUAUUUUUGUCAUGGCCAAAGAAACCUAAGCGGAUAAACUUGUGGGUUGUUUUAUAUAAUACAUUUUACACUAUAACUCCCAAUCCGACUUGGGUUUUCAUAAGACACCCAGCACAAUUUUUUUUUUCCUUAGGCGGGAAUCACAAACUCGUCUCUUUUGUUUGAAAACCAUAGACAGUAAAAGAAAUGGACACAGCGACCCCAUUGGAACUCAAUUGAGACAAUUGAAACCCAUUUUUCAAGAGGGUCUGGCUGCAGACAUAUGGGCGAGUGGAGCUCCACUCAAGAGCGGAAAUACGUCACCUGCACUAGCGACGCCGCCGCCAUGUUGGACCGGGCCAAACUUUCCGUAGAACUACGUCGCCUCCACUAAUGACGCGGCCGCCAUGUUGGUCCGGGUAACACUUUACGUAGAAUUACGUCACCUCCAUGGGGGCGAGUGGAGCUCCAUUUGAAAAUAUGUCACCUCCACCAAACUUUCGUUUUGUAUUACUUGUUGUAUACAUGUAUAAAGGGUGCUUUGCAAGUUAUGUCACCUCUUUUUACGUAAUGUUAAUAUGUUCUGUACUCUUAUCUUUGUUAAAUUUACCUAGUAGAAAUAAUAAAAAUAAUAUAAUAAUCCUUUACGGUUUAUGACACCACAGCAUUUUUUUUAUUCCCCCCCCCCAGCAAUUUGCACUACAGACAUCCAUUUGUUCAUGCUUGUUUUACCAAUGUACAACUGCCAAUGUAACAUUUCAUACAUUUUAGAAAGUUAACCUUGUUUUUAAUAUUUAGCAGUGAAAAAUAAAUGAAAUAUUAAAUGAAUUAUUAAAAUAAUACCUCAACCAGAA